CAUAUUGACCGCCGGUGAUUUUCCUGCAGUAGUUAUUUAACGAAUUAAAUUAAACUUUAGCUAAAGUGUAAGUGCCUGAUAUGGAAGGAUGAACUGGUAGCGCUAUCAAGCCCGGCUUCAACGAAGCAAGGCAACAUGCAGCAGAUGUACGCAAGAACGUUUCCAGCCAUAAAACUAGACUUAUUUCACCAUCCUUAAACUCUGAUGACAGACAGGUCAUUGUAUGUAUAGCAACAAACACGUAAUGCAGUUUAAAUAAAUUAAAAAGUAAUCUGUUAAAACAAAGUUACCUGUGAUAUUGGCAACUGUUUUUCUCAACUAGGUUUUAAUUCCAAAGAACUCUAUAGCCCAUACAUUUGUUUUGCUAGACAAGGAUUUCUUGUCAAUUUUGUUCAAUCCACAAAAUUUGCAAACAAAUUGCACAAAUUUUUCAGGGCUGGAUAAAUGAAAUAGUUGAACCUUUGGAUUUUGAAGAAUUUGUUAGUACUUAUCAGCUGGUUAUUGAUCGGGAUCCAUUAAGGAAUAUACUAGAUGUACCCCCAGGAGAUGUACACGUUGACGUUAUAGAAAGACCCAUAAGGACUGUUGAACCUAUUUUGCCUGAAGAAAAAAUAGAUACCCUUCUUCCUCAUGUGCAAGCAUGUGUGGAAACUUACCGAUCAGUAUGGAGGGUUGUUCGAUACAUGCAUCGCCAAUUUAGUAGUAGUAGCACUAGCAGAUCAAAUUUAGCCAAGUCUGUGCAACCAAGCCCUAAACAAGAGUUUGAAGUAGAUUUUCAGGGAUCAUCAGAUCCAACUAGCGACAUUGAUGUAUCUUCCCAAGGAAGCAGUAGGCAAAGUAUUGUGUCUAUUGGUUCACUCUCUUCUCAAGGAGAUACUCUUACACCAAGAAAUUCCUGGGCUUCACUAGACUUGCGACAUUCUGCUGGUGAUGCCUUGAUUCCAGAAAUAUUGGAACAAUCAAUUUUAGAAUCUCAAGAUCAAGUAAAUGAAAGUCAAAGACAAAUUGAUAGACAAGAUGCCUUAUUUGCAUUGACUUCUCAAGAAAUCCAAAAUGAAUUACAGGAUCCUGUGGAAAGAAGACUUCAGGCGACUGCUCCUUCUGAACAUGUUGGCCAUAGAGUUUUAUUUAAGUGCCAACAGAUGACAAUGGAUGUAGAGGUAGAACCAUUGUUUGGCUCACUGGCUCUUUAUGAUUGCAAAGAAAGAAAGAAGGUUUCUGAAACUUUUUACUUUGACAUGAAUCCGGAAUCGCUUAAAAGAAUGCUAGGCGGCCAUAUUCCAUACGCUGACACCAGUACGUUAUCAAGAAGCUGUAUUUUUAACAUUACCCAUCCUUCUCCGGAUCUUUUUAUUGUUAUUAGACUUGAGAAAGUUUUACAAGGAGAUAUAAAUGAAUGUAUAGAACCAUAUUUAAAAGAUGAAAAGAAUAAAGAUAAACUAAAAUCUGUAGCUGUAUCAGUAUGUGAAAGAUUGGGCAAGUAUCGACAAGCAUUUGCCUGGACUGCCAUCAACUUAUUUAAUGUCAUUAACGAGCUUACCCAGGAACGAGAAUUUGAUAGGGAGUCUACAGGAUCAGGUUCUACAAUUAAUAGUUUAGAUCGGAAAUCACCAAGUAGUGGUUUAGACCAGUUGAGGCGCAAAGCUAGUGAUAUGGGUAGCUUAACGCGUAGAGGAUCUCUCGAUAGAAAAGAUAAAUGCCGUUCCUGGUCACCUGAUCAUUUAGCUACAAAUUUGGAUACCUUUAGGCCAGUAACAGUUAACAUGCCCUACGUAUUCAAGCAGGAAGCAGAUAAACUCCGUGACGAAGACUUGUAUAAAUCUCUGCAAGAGUUAAAGAAACCAAGUUUAGUUCUUAAGAAGUGGAAAUGUAUUCCAGCUACUUUCAAAUUGGAAAUUUCUCCAUGUCCCCUUGAAUAUAGAAAUUCUUUGACUUCAGAACUUGUUAAAUUAUAUCCCUACCCGGAUAGCAAAGCGAGACCCACUAAAGAGCUUUGCGAGUUUCCUGUGAAAGAAGUAUUGGUUCCUCAUUAUGUUUAUAGAAACUUAUUGUUUGUUAGCCCUAAGGAGUUAAAUUAUUCAAACAGAACGGGUUCUGCCAGAAAUUUAGCAGUUAAAAUACAGCUGAUGGCAGGAGAAGGCGAAAACCAUAAUUUGCCUAACAUAUUUGGCAGGUCAAGUUGUCCAGAAAUGACCAAUGAAAUAUUUUCUGCUGUUACGUAUCACUGCAAAACUCCUGUAUUUUAUGAUGAAGUAAAAAUUAAGCUGCCCGCUUCAUUAGCCGAUAACCAUCAUUUGUUGUUUACGUUUUAUCAUAUCUCCUGUCAAAAGAAGGCUGAUCAAAAUGUAGUCGAAACUCCAGUAGGAUAUACGUGGUUACCACUAUUAAGAGAUGGCCGCUUAGUCUCAGGAGAAUUUUCUUUACCAGUGAUGCUAGAACCUCCUCCAACAAACUACAGCUACAUCCCUCCAGAUGUGUUUUUACCCGGAAUGAAAUGGCUUGAUGGUCACAAAGGGUUAUUUACGGUUAUUUUAGAUACUGCUUCAUCAGUCCAUACCCAUGAUCCCGCAAUAGAAAGAUUUUUUGCUGCCUAUGAUUGUAUUUAUACUGGAACAAUUCCUUCAAGAUUAGGAGAAGUCGGAUCUGAAAAAGAACUUAUGUCUGCUAUGUUAAGCUUAGCGGGUGCAAGGCCAGAGACAAUAGUUAAACAUCUUCCUCAGAUAUUUGACAGCAUUAUAGAACUUCUUGUUCAACCACCUAGAAUUUCAGGGCAUUUGCUUAAUAUGGGUUCUACGUGCUUUGAAACUCUCUGUCUUAUUUUAGAAAAUAUUUCGAAUCUUCAAGAGCUUUCGUCGGACCAACAUGGUCGAAACGCUCUAUUAGCUACUUACAUAGAGUACCAAUGUAAUUUGCCACAUCCGAUAAUAAGUGGCCAUCGAAGUAUAUCACAGUAUGAAAGUGGAUCAGGACUGAUAAGAAGCAACUCUAAUCCGGACUUAGAAGUCGCGCACUAUCAACAUAAGGGACUUGACCGCGCUUCUAGCAUGCGUGUAACGCCUAAUGAAUCAGUUAGUCAUAUCAAUAGUUGUCCUAGAAUAAUUCAUCAAGAACUGGCCUAUCAAUGGACAAUAACUAGUGGAAGAAACAAAGAUUUAGCCAUGCAAAAUGCCUGGUUUUUGUUUGAAUUAAUGAUUAAGAGCAUGGUGGAACACUUAGCGCAUACAAGAAACUUGGACUCACCACGAAAGAUCAGAUUUCCUGAUCAAUUUUUAGAUGAUAUUUCAUCUUUAGUUCAAUAUGUGACCUCGGAAAUUAUUUAUCUUUCAAUGUGUGAAAUAAGAAAAGCACACAAACUAAACGCUGCCUUAGCUUUUUUUUUCUAUGAUCUUCUAUCAAUUGCUGAUAGAGGAUGGGUUUUUCAACUUCUUCGGUCCUAUACUAAAGAGCUUCAAACGAAAAUAUCGUUUAGCUCAGAGGCUACUGUUCUAAUUGAACUAAAACUGGAGUUAACCAGAAUUGUUUGCAGUCAUGAACAUUAUGUAGCUUUAAACUUACCUUUUUCAACGCCAUUUAUGCCAUCAGGAGCUAGUGUAUCUCCCAGUCCUAGUGUAACUAGUUCUACUAGUCAAAAUUCGUUCCUGUCCGGGCCGCCACCAAGCCAAGAACGUGUCAAUUGUUUUGCUGAGCUAUCUCCUGAAUACCGACAACAUCAUUACUUGACUGGGCUCAUUCUUAGUGAUUUGGCGACAGUUUUACUGGAAACUAAUCAGCCUUCGCUUCACAAUAAAGCUGUAGAGACACUAAAGACAUUUCUGUCGUGGCACGACUGUGACUCACGCUACCUUUCACCUGAAGCUAAGAAUAGAGUAGGAGCACUAUAUUUUCCUCUAUUAUCUGUGGCUAUGGAUGUCCUACCCUUACUGCAUACAUUUUCGCAAGACAAAAUUGAGAAAUUUGUGCAUGAUGAUCUUGGACCUAGCAAUAUUAAUCCCAACGUUGCUAUGCUUAUAGCUGGAAAAUUUACUCCCUCUAACUGCGAAAACUUUCAAUCGAUUCAAAAUCGAAAAGUUGGUAUAAGUCCAGAAACAACGCGCAGCCUACUAACUUGCGUACUGUGGACUUUAAAGAAUGUGGAACGUAAUUCACUAUCUCAGUGGAUGGCGGAACUGCCGUAUUCUAGACUAGCAACUUUACUACAUCUUUUAGAUGCUUGUAUAAGCUGCUUUGAAUAUAGACACAGGCGGAGGAUAUCGCCUGGGUAUACACAAGUUACUCAAGAUAUACGCUCUAAGUUAGAGGAUGUUAUUCUAGGACAGGGAAGCGCGAGGGAAAUGUUACAACGCAGAAAAGGAGGAACACCACAGGCCGCAACAGAAAAAGUCCGCUGGCGCAAAGACCAGUUGUCAUACAGGGUUAGUAAUACUGACAUGCAAGAUCGCCCAAGAGACGAUUCCUACCAUGAUGUUCUUAUGGAAGGCCAUUUUGCAGCUGAGGCUUCCUUCAUAAUUUUGGACACAUUAGAAAGAGUUGUUUCUACUAUAACUCAGCUUGAUUCUCAGCAGCAUUUAGUCGGGAUUGCAUUGUCUGUAUUACUUCAUGCACUAGGAAAAAAUCAGAGCACCACUGUUUUACCGCAUAUGUUUGCUUCUCAACGUAGUUUAGUGUUUAAGUUUCAUGGCGUCCUAUUUGAUGAAGAGAGUUCUCAUUGUGCAGAUUUAUGUCUUUUGCUUUUAAAACAUUGUGGAUCUCAAAUUGCCUCAGUUCGAUCGCAAGCGGCUGCUUCUUUAUAUCUCCUCAUGAGGCAGACUUUCCAGAUAGGAAACAAUUUUGCAAGAAUAAAAAUGCAAGUGACGAUGUCCCUAAGUAGCCUAGUAGGAACUUCGUCUUCCUUUAAUGAUGAUUCUUUGAGACGUUCAUUAAAAACACUUCUAGAAUACGGAGAGAGGGAUACAGAGUUACAAGAAACAACAUUUCCUGAGCAAGUUAGAGAUUUAGUAUUUAAUUUGCAUAUGAUUUUAUCAGAUACCAUAAAAAUGAAGGAAUUUAAGGAAGAUCCUGAGAUGCUUUUAGAUCUCAUGUAUAGAAUUGCCAAAGGCUAUCAAAACUCUCCUGAUCUACGGUUAACGUGGUUAGCUAAUAUGGCUCAAAAACACAUGGAAAGAGGAAAUCAUACGGAAGCAGGCAUGUGUUUAGUUCAUUCAGCUGCACUGGUGGCUGAGUAUUUAGCGAUGUUAGAGUCACUACCGCAUUUUCCUGCUGGAGCUGCUGCAUUAGAGAAGGUUAGUCCAAAUGUAUUAGAAGAAAGCGCAGUAUCAGACGAUGUACUUAGUCCAGAAAGAGAAGGUGGCUGUUUGGGUUCACACUUUACAGAAGCAGGCCUGUUAGGACUGUUGGAACAAGCCGCCAUCAGUUUUCACGCUGCUGCAAUGUAUGAACCAAUGAAUGACAUCUACAGAGUAUUAAUUCCAAUAGCGGAAAAUAAUAGAGACUUUAAGAAGCUAGCGAAUAUUCAUGGGAAGUUGCAUGAUGCUUAUACAAGAAUUGAUCAACUGCAUGGUAAAAGAAUGUUCGGAACGUACUUUAGAGUCGGAUUUUAUGGUUCCAAAUUUGGAGAUUUAGAUAAAGAAGAGUUCGUUUAUAAAGAACCUACUUUAACAAAGCUGCCAGAAAUAUUUAGUAGACUUGAGGACUUUUACGCGAAGCGUUUUGGGGGCCCAGAAAAUGUGAUUAUUAUUAAGGACUCCAAUACUGUCGAUAUAAAUUCUUUAGAUCCCAAUAAGGCCUAUAUUCAAAUCACUUACGUUGAGCCUUAUUUCGAAAAUUUUGAAUUGCGAUAUCGGCAAACUCACUUCGAUCGGAACUUUAACAUAAAACGCUUUGUAUAUGCCACACCUUUUACAAUGACUGGGAAAGCUCAUGGGGAACUUAAAGAACAAUAUAAAAGAAAAACUAUUUUAACAACAGCAGUACAUUUUCCCUAUGUGAAAACUAGAAUUCAAGUAGUCGAUAGAUUCCAAAUAACUUUAACGCCUAUAGAGGUUGCCAUUGAGGACAUUCAAAAGAAAACAACAGAGCUUGCUAUCGCAACUCAACAGGAACCGCCGGAUCCAAAAAUUCUUCAAAUGGUUUUGCAAGGCUGCAUUGGAACUACCGUCAAUCAAGGGCCCCUGGAAAUGGCUUUGACAUUUUUGCCUAGUGGCGGAAAGGCUUUAACAAAACAUCAAAACAAACUUCGACUGUGUUUUAAGGAUUUUUCGAAGAAAUGUGCGGAUGCCCUAAAGAAAAACAAAAAUUUGAUAGGGCCAGAUCAAAGGGAUUACCAAAGAGAACUAGAUCGAAAUUACAAGAGGUUUACGGAAAAGCUACAGCCACUAGUAAAUCCACAGGCAAUCACGAUUUUAAAUACAAGCCCAAAUAAGUAUAAUAACCAAGAAUCUUCUAUGUUAAGAUGGUAGAAUAUCAAAUUUUAAUUUAACCUAUUUAUUCAUUUGCUAUAUUUAGAAACCCACAAUUAGUUAAGUAGAUAAAUAUUAAAAGAACUAAAUCUUAACAUGUUUGGUUCAUAGAUGCUUUUAUACUUUAUACAUUUUAGAAAUAUAAUAUACAUAUAUAAUUAAA